GUUGGCAAUAGAUUUAUACAGCUUUGUAAUAUUACAUAAUAAUAGAUGCAAUAACAAUUGCGAUUUAUAGUAUAAACAACUUUCACAAUUUUUAAUAUUUCUAAUGUUUCAUACAAUUUUAAGAAUCUCGAGCAAUAAAACGUACACGUUUAGAACACAUUGUUACCGUCACUAAAUGCACCGAGGGUUAUUCUCAACUUUCAUGCACGGCUAAUAACAAAAGUAACAGCAUAUGCACCUGAAAAUGUUGAACGUGCAAUUACGCCGAGCGAUAGGCGCGCGCAGAAAGUUCACAACGAAAGUGACGCAGCUGUCUUAUUGUCCUCCAAGAAAAUGACUUUUUACACUUAAUAGCGAGAUAGGCAAUCGAAGCAAACUAUCGAGUGCGGAUACGCGCAUAGCAAUCGCCUCGAUAAAAUCUGACAGUUCAGCACACCAAAAUUCAAUUAGCAAUGGCAUGCGUGCGAGCCUUUCAAUCGCCUAGAGAGACAGUUCGCGAGCGGCAUUUCUUCAGUAGGCAGAAAAGAUCCGCUCGGCGCUUCCUACAACCGCAGCAUCUCACGCUAUAUGGAGCGCAUACCGCUCGCGUGAAUUUUCAAUCCGCCUCGAUCCAUCGUAAUUAGCGUGCCUGCGGGCUAUGCGCAGGCAAGAAAGAAAGUGCCGAUUAAUUGGAGGCUCCUCUCCGAGCGAUGUAUCACGCAGCCUUGACUAGGUCACGCGUCUGCACAUACACUCGGCCAUUGUCGCUGAUGCACGGAGAUCGACAAAGGUGGGAGGUGCAGGACUUCACGCUGCGGUGGCGAUCCUCCAAUUUUCUUUUCUACGUGCGGCGAACAGCGCCUCGGCCGUUUGUUUUUGCAUCCCGCUAUUCGUUUUUCCCCACCGUCGUAUAAAAGAGCGUAUACACGCCAGGCCUCUCGCGCAAUGUGUCGGCAUCUCUCGCGCUGAAUAGACUAUUCUCUCGGGCACAGCACACUUAUAUCCGCAUCCGCGUGCAGCGCGCACGUGUGCAGGAUACCGCAGCAGUCCGGAGAGCGCAGGCAUCGCUCACGGGUCCAUCUGACGGCGGAGCUGCACCAUUGGAUCAGGAUGAAGCGAUUUGCUGUUUGUGUUGCUGUCCUAGUAACAAACUGCUUGCUCAUAGCAAAUGCAGAGAAAUUCGUAUACGUGGUACCGAGAAGGCAAAUACGCCGAAGUCCGACGCUCUCAGUACCAUCGAGGCCCAACGUAAGAGCAGCAACACCGUACUUGAAAUAUCCAACUUUCGGUCCUUAUGGACUGGCAAGACCGAGUUUACCUCCUAAUAAUCAGUUGCCCCACGGAGUCGGGGAAUACGAACGUCCUCAGAAUGGCAUAGACCAUGCCGUGACGCCAUAUGGAAAAGGUGUUGGCUGUGCACCCUAUGCGAGAGGAUAUUUGCCGUACGACAAAAAAGGAGGACUCGUGCCAUUCAUCAAUCAACAUAGAUAUCCAGUGGAAUCCACAAGGCCCUGUUUUCCUCCGGGCCCCGUCUAUGGCCCAACGUCGGUAUCUAAUGGAUACUACCACCGACUGGUCAGCAACGAUCCCUACGUAACCGACAAGAACUUACCCGUCAGACCGCAGUCAUCAGAUCAGCCGAUUCAAACAGCAUACACCGGUAACCAUCAGCGCCCGCUAACUGGUGCUGAGGAUCAAACAAUUUCACAGAAACAGGUCGCCCAACCAGCAGCAUCGUCUAACUACCCCAAAAUGGGUACCAUACUCGUGACUCCUAGCAGCGUUGGCUAUCAACAACAGGAGGCGACGCGAACUGGUGAUUUGGCAAAGGAAAGCAGCAACGCGGUUUCGAAGGUACCUUCUAGAUCGGCAAUCGGUGCCGGUAAAGGUGGAAUCGUACUACGGGAUACUAUUCUACUCGGCGACUAUGAGAAGAAGUUUGCUGAAUUCACUAAGAGCUGGCCCAAACUCUCAGCAUUUUCCGGAGUAUUUGGUGAUGCAAGCUCUUUCUUUCGAGGAUCAUCACUAAAUCCGUCGAUAUCGUCCGGCUUGGCAAGAAGUUCAGAUAACAUAGAUACAUCAAAUUUAAUCGGCAGACAAGGUUAUGCUGUCAAGGAAGAAAUCGAUGAACCACCUUUCGAUUUUAGAUCGAAUCCACUCAUUGCAUCUCCAUUACAUGUAUAUCCGACACCCGCAGCUUCUGCGUUUUUUAAACAUCUAGUUUAACUUUUAUAAAUAUAGUGUAUUAGAUUAGAUUUAAACAGAUUGCGGCAUGAAAAUAUUGAGCAUUGAUUUCAAUAUUUUUAUAAAAUAGCAAUCGCAUGUAAAUAAUUUUUUACCUGGAAUAGUGAUAGAAUCCCUUGAUUUCAAAUCAUAAUAUUAUUUAAUAAAAUUAACAAAAUAAUAAUUUAUUGCAAAGAAUUGCCUUAAGCAUCUUCGAAUACUACGAUAUCGAAAACACAUUUUACAUUGUACAUGCGUAAUUUUGAAUAGUCGAUAUAAUCUAUUAUCGCGAUCGACUCAUCCAUUAAACGUAUGACUUCAGAAAUUAUAUGAGUGGAACUAAGCUUUCAAACUUCUAUAGGUUCAUAAAACUAUUUCAUUAAAAAAAUAACUUUCUCACAUCGUGAUAAUCAAAAGAUGAAAAAUCGAAAAUAAUAAAUUUUGCGAAUGUCUUGCAUUGCA